AUGAAAGCUGGCAGGAAAGCUGGAGAGAAAGCUGUCGGGAAAGCUGGAGAGAAAGCUGGUGGGAAAGCUGGUGGGAAAGCUGGAGAGAAAGCUGACGGGAAAGCUGGAGAGAAAGCUGGCAGGAAAGCUGGUGGGAAAGCUGGAAAGAAAGCUGGUGGGAAAGCUGGAGAGAAAGCUGGCGGGAAAGCUGGAGAGAAAGCUGGUGGGAAAGCUGGCGGGAAAGCUGGAGAGAAAGCUGGUGGGAAAGCUGGAGAGAAAGCUGGCGGUAAAGCUGGAGAGAAAGCUGGCGGGAAAGCUGGAGAGAAAGCUGGCGGGAAAGCUGGAGAGAAAGCUGGCGGGAAAGCUGGAGAGAAAGCUGGCGGGAAAGCUGGAGAGAAAGCUGGCAGGAAAGCUGGAGAGAAAGCUGGCGGGAAAGCUGGAGAGAAAGCUGGCGGGAAAGCUGGAGAGAAAGCUGGCGGGAAAGCUGGAGAGAAAGCUGGCGGGAAAGCUGGAGAGAAAGCUGGCGGGAAAGCUGGAGAGAAAGCUGGCGGGAAAGCUGGAGAGAAAGCUGGAGAGAAAGCUGGUGGGAAAGCUGGCGGGAAAGCUGACGUUGUUGCGUGGGAAGACACAUCAUUCAUGCCUCCCCAGGACGAGUCUUCGUCCCCCCGCCCCCAGGACGAGUCUUCGUCCCCCCGCCCCCAGGACGAGACUUCGUCCCCCGCCCCCAGGACGAGGCUUCGUCCCCCCGCCCCCAGGACGAGACUUCGUCCCCCGCCCCCAGGACGAGACUUCGUCCCCCCGCCACCAGGACGAGACUUCGUCCCCCCGCCACCAGGACGAGACUUCGUCCCCCGCCCCCAGGAUGAGACUUUGUCCCCCCGCCCCCAGGACGAGACUUCGUCCCCCGCCCCCAGGACGAGACUUCGUCCCCCGCCCCCAGGACGAGACUUCGUCCCCCGCCCCCAGGACGAGACUUCGUCCCCCCGCCCCCAGGACGAGACUUCGUCCCCCGCCCCCAGGACGAGACUUCGUCCCCCGCCCCCAGGACGAGACUUCGUUCCCCCGCCCCCAGGACACGCCCCCAGCCCCGCCCAAAGUCACUAG